AUGGCGCAAAAUCGUGGUGUUAUAUUUCCAAUUAUAUUUGAAGCACUUGAGAGGAAUAUACAGAGCCACUGGAAUCAAGCAGUUCAUGGUCUCACUGCAAAUGUGCGCAAAAUGUUUUUGGACAUGGACAGUGAACUAUUUGAAGAGUGCCAGCAUCAGUACAUGGAGAAACAAGCAAAAGCCAAAGAAAUGCAGGAGCAACGAGAAUCAGCAUGGAGACAAUUGGAAGCUGUUGUUGCUGCCAAGGCUGCUGGAGAUGAUAUGGUUUUGGUCAACUAG